AUGAGUGCAAUCGUUGAUGAGGGCCCCAUUGAGCCUCUCAAGGUCCUCAUCACCCUGCACGACAACAUGGACUCCAUGGAUGCCAUUGGCCCAUUGGAGGUCUUUGGGAUGGCCCAGCAUGAUCCCAAGAACCCAGGUCAGCACCACGCGAGUUUGUUGUACGAACACUUGCCUCUAAUGCAGGACUUCAGACACCAAAGCCUUCCGCACUAUCUUCGCGGGACCGCAGGAGCAAGUGGUCACUGCUCAGGGUGCCUCGCUGCGCGCUCAUCUAUCGUACGAAGAGGCUAUGAAGCGUCUGUCGGAGAUCGAUGUGCUCGUCAUUCCCGGCGGCAAUGUCGAAGCUCUCAUCAAGGCCAAGGCCCAGCCAAUGCAGAUGAUCAAAGCCUUUACUGAGCUCCAGAAGAAGAACCCAUCUCGCGAGCGUACCCUCAUGUCGGUCUGCACCGGCUCUCUCCUUCUGGGUGAGACGGGCAUCCUCAGCGGUCUUACGGCCACCACCCAUCCCGACCACGUCACCAAGUUCGAGAUCAUCUGCUCCAAUGCCGCCCAGCGUGACAUGGCCGACCGCUGUGAUGUCGUCGAGGAGCGCUACGUCGUCAACAACCUUCGCUUCGACCUGGGCGAGAAUGGGGAUGACAACCCAUACAUUAUGAGUAGGAAGGAGCUGAAGGAACACAAGCGCCGCAAAAGCUCGGCGGGAGCCAUCUCUCCGAUCGCCGAGAACGGUAACGGCGUGACUCAGUUCCCGAACGGUCAUCGUCCCUCGACGGCCCGCAAGGGAAGCAUGAGUCUCAAGAUGAGCAACUCGCGUCGUGAGAGCGUCCUCAAGCGUGCCAAUCUGCGCUUGGGUGGGUUGCGUGUGCUCACCACCAGCGGCGUCACCUGUGGCAUGGACGGCGCUCUCUACAUGGUCGGAGCUUUAGUCUCCGACGACUCUGCCGAAGAGGUUGCCCGCAAGAUGUGCUACACUUGGAAGAAGGGCAUGGUAGUCGACGGCACUGAUGUUUAA